GGGCGGCCGGCUGGGCCUGCGCCGAGCCGGAGGGGAAGGGGCCCGGAAGGAGGCGAGCGCAGCCGCGACGCCGGGAGCCGGGCGCCCACCCGAGCCGCCUGCCGCCGCCUUCCCGGCCGGAGCCCGAGCUGGAGCCGCGGCCGCCCAGGCCAGAGCGCGGCGGUCGGGCGCGGGGCGAGCGGUGCCGGUGCUGCGCGUUGGCGCCGGGCAGGCGUAGAGGCCGGGAGGGGAGCCGGCGGCCGGCUUCUCCCGAGGCUGGUGCGGAGGGAAGUCCCUCCCGGACGCAAAUCCACAACCACCGUCCGGAGCCCGCAGCGUCCGGGCGCCGCGGCUGAGGCCGGGAGAGAGGGCGCGCAGGGCGGACGGGAGGAAGCGACGUCUGUUUCAUGGAGGCGGAGGCCACAGAAAAGACCGGAGCCUGGAUGCGGGCGAGCGGAGCCGCAGAACUCACGCCGGGCAUGUCUUUCGGGAAAAGGCCGAACCUCGGCUGGGUCUGAGCAUCAGGGGGAAAAGCAUGCGAGUUUAGAGGAAAAAGAAAAGGAGAGGAGGUUUUCUCUGAUUUGUGGUUAUUGCUGCCAUUGGAAAGGUAAAAAAAAAGCAUUGCAUUUCAGGUUUGGUUUUUUUUUAAUUGUUUUUUUUUUUUUUUUCUGGUGCGAUUGGCUCACUUAAGAAUUUCAGAACCUUUCGUGUAAAAGGGUUUUUUUGUUUUUGUUUUUAAGGAAAUUCUUAAUUUUGAUUCCAGGGUUAUACUGGACUUGGAAGGAGUGCUUUUGUUUACAUACUAUUGUAUGGUUUAAUUUUUUUUUUCCUUUUUGCUGUGCAAAUCAGCUGGAAGUUAUUUUUUUUCCAAGUGCCAAUUCGGAUUUAUUCAUCGCCCCCCUCUUUUCUCAAAUGGAUCUGUUGUCGUUUUAAGCACUGAAGAACGGAGAAAUUUUCCCCCCCUUGGAGCUUGAAGCUCUUACCAACAGAAGGACAGCUGGGAAAACUGGACUAAAAGGAUGGUUUUUAUCUGUAUUUUGUAGUAAGACUGUUAUUUUGAGGGCGUAUUCUUUGUGUUUCGUUUUUUAGUCUAUAGCGCUAACCUUUUAGAGAUUUUGGGGUUGAGUUUUUGGUUUCUAAGGUCAUAGUUUUUCCUUUUUUUCUUCCUUUUUUUUUUUUUUUUCCCCAAGACGGGGGAGGGGAAAAGGGGACUAAGAAAGCAGACCAUAUUAACUGGUAAAGGAGAAUGGAGCUUCAGUUACUAGGGUCCUGAGAGCUGGAGAAAAAGAAUCUUCAAGUUGGGAGGCCCUUCCUCUCAUCUUUCUUAAACAUUGCAAGGAUUCAAUCCUGAUCAAGACAUCAAUCCUACAAGAUUCUGAAACCGUGGAGACGCCGAGAAACCAUGAGUGUAAGGUUACCCCAGAGUAUAGACAGAUCAGCCAGUAAAAAGCAGUCUCACCUGCCCAGGUUAAGUAGCCUGUCUUUGGGAGAUUCAGCACCUGAACGCAAGUCCCCUUCCCACCACGGCCAGCCUGACUCCUCUGAGACAACAGGUCUUGUUCAGCGCUGUGUCAUCAUCCAGAAGGACCAGCAUGGCUUCGGCUUCACAGUCAGUGGGGACCGCAUCGUUCUGGUGCAGUCUGUGCGGCCCGGGGGCGCAGCCAUGAAAGCCGGUGUGAAAGAGGGUGACCGCAUCAUCAAAGUGAACGGCACCAUGGUGGCCAAUAGCUCACACCUGGAGGUGGUGAAGCUUAUCAAAUCUGGCGCCUAUGUUGCACUGACCCUCCUGGGCUCUUCACCCUCAACUGUUGGUGUCUCUGGGCUCCAGCAGGACCCAGACCCAGCAGGAGCUCCCCAGGUCGCCCCUGUGAUCCCACCACCACCUCCUCCUCCACCUCUGCCGCCUCCACAGCGCAUCACAGGACCCAAACCUCUGCAGGAUCUCGAAUUUCAGAAACAUGCCACCCAGAUCCUUAGGAAUAUGCUGAGGCAGGAGGAAAAAGAAUUACAGCAUAUCUGUGAGAUGUAUAGCCGGAGCCCCACCAGCCUGCUGGAGGAGCAGAUCGAAGCUGCCCGGCGGCGAGUCACUCAGUUGCAGCUGAAGAUCCAGCAGGAGACGGGUGGCUUAGUGGACAUACUUCCACUAUACGGUGACAUCAGCCAGAGAUCAUCAGAGGGCCGACUCUCUCUGGAUUCACAGGACGGGGACAGUGGCUUGGACUCUGGGACAGAACGCUUCCCUUCCCUCAGUGAGUCAUUGAUAAAUCGGAACUCGGUGCUGUCAGACCCUGGAUUAGACAGUCCUCGAACCUCCCCUGUGAUCAUGGCCAGGGUGGCCCAGCACCAUAGGUGGCAGGGCCCGGAUGCACCAGCCGCCCCCACCAGCGACCAGGGUGUAGAUCAAAGCCCAAAGCCUUUAAUUAUUGGCCCAGAAGAAGAUUAUGACCCGGGUUAUUUCAACAACGAGAGCGACAUCAUAUUCCAGGAUCUUGAGAAACUUAAGUCACGGCCAGCUCACCUGGGGGUUUUUCUACGUUACAUCUUCUCUCAGGCAGACCCCAGUCCACUGCUUUUUUACUUGUGUGCAGAAGUUUAUCAGCAGACAAACUCCAAGGAUUCCCGAAGCUUGGGAAAAGACAUCUGGAAUAUUUUCCUAGAGAAAAAUGCGCCACUGAGAGUGAAGGUCCCAGAGGCGUUACAGGCUGAAAUUGACUUGCGCUUGCGGAGUGGCGAGGACUUACGCUGCGUUCUCUGUGAGGCUCAGGAGGCAGCCAUGCCGGAGAUCCAGGAGCAGAUCCAGGACUACAGAACGAAGCGCACUCUGGGACUGGGCAGCCUGUACGGUGAAAAUGACCUGCUGGACCUGGAUGGGAACCCUCUCCGAGAGCGCCAAGUGGCUGAGAAGCAGCUGGCUGCCCUGGGAGAUAUUCUGUUCAAAUACGAGGAAGACAGGAGUGCCCCCAUGGACUUUGCCCUCAAUACCUACAUGAGCCAUGCUGGGAUCCGGCUUCGAGAGGCACGGUCUUCCAGCACGGCCGAGAAGGCCCCGUUGGCUGCUCCUGACAAGGACAAGUGGCUGCCCUUCUUCCCGAAGACCAAGAAGCAGAGCAGCAAUCCCAAGAAAGAAAAGGAUGCCUUGGAAGACAAAAAGCGAAACCCCAUCCUCAAAUACAUCGGGAAGCCCAAAAGCUCAUCCCAGAGUACAUUUCAUAUUCCCUUGUCCCCUGUGGAAGUUAAACCAGGCAACGUGAGGAACAUCAUUCAGCACUUUGAGAACAACCAGCAGUAUGAUGCCCCAGAGCCUGGGAUGCAGCGACUAUCAACAGGAAGCUUUCCCGAGGACCUGCUGGAGAGCGACAGCUCGCGCUCAGAGAUUCGCUUGGGCCGCUCCGAGAGCCUGAAGGGCCGGGAGGAGCUGAAGCGCUCUCGCAAGACGGAGAAUGUGCCCCGCUCUCGCAGUGACGUUGACAUGGAUGCAGCUGCGGAGGCUGCUCGCCUCCACCAGUCCGCCUCGUCGUCUGCCUCCAGCCUCUCCACCAGGUCUCUUGAGAACCCUACUCCUCCCUUCACCCCCAAAAUGGGUCGCAGGAGCAUUGAGUCCCCCAGCCUGGGGUUCUGCACAGAUGUCCUCCUCCCCCACCUCCUAGAGGAUGACCUGGGCCAGCUGUCCGACCUGGAGCUAGAGCCAGACACCCAAAACUGGCAGCACACAGUGGGCAAGGAUGUGGUGGCGGGGCUAACCCAGAGGGAGAUCGACCGGCAGGAGGUCAUCAACGAGUUGUUUGUGACGGAGGCUUCCCACCUGCGCACGCUCCGGGUGCUGGACCUGGUCUUCUACCAGCGGAUGAAGAAGGAGAACCUGCUGCCCCGGGAGGAGCUGGCCCGGCUCUUCCCCAACCUCCCUGAGCUCACGGAGAUCCACAAUUCCUGGUGUGAAGCCAUGAAGAAGCUCCGGGAGGAGGGCCCCAUCAUCAAAGAAAUCAGUGACCUCAUGCUGGCUCGGUUUGAUGGUCCUGCCCGAGAGGAACUCCAGCAAGUGGCCGCCCAGUUCUGCUCGUACCAGUCCAUAGCGCUGGAGCUGAUCAAGACCAAGCAGCGGAAGGAGAGCCGAUUCCAGCUCUUCAUGCAGGAGGCUGAGAGCCACCCUCAGUGCCGGCGGCUACAGCUGCGGGACCUCAUCAUCUCUGAGAUGCAGCGGCUGACCAAGUACCCGCUGCUGCUGGAGAGCAUCAUCAAGCACACGGAGGGUGGCACCUCUGAGCAUGAGAAGCUCUGCCGGGCCCGGGAUCAGUGCCGGGAAAUUCUCAAGUACGUGAAUGAAGCGGUGAAGCAGACAGAGAACCGGCACCGUUUAGAGGGCUAUCAGAAACGCCUGGACACCACCUCCCUGGAGAGGGCCAGCAACCCCUUGGCAGCAGAAUUCAAGAGCCUGGAUCUUACAACCAGGAAGAUGAUCCAUGAGGGGCCCCUGACAUGGAGGAUCAGCAAGGAUAAGACCCUGGACCUCCACGUGCUGCUGCUGGAGGACCUGCUCGUGCUGCUGCUCAAACAGGAUGAGAAGCUGCUGCUUAAGUGCCACAGCAAGACAGCCGUGGGCUCCUCCGACAGCAAGCAGACCUUCAGCCCCGUGCUCAAGCUCAACGCCGUUCUCGUCCGCUCCGUGGCCACAGACAAGCGGGCCUUGUUCAUCAUCUGCACCUCCGAGUUGGGCCCACCCCAGAUCUAUGAGCUGGUGGCAUUGACAUCCUCAGACAAGAACACGUGGAUGGAACUCCUAGAAGAGGCUGUGCGGAAUGCCACCAGGCACCCAGGAGCUGCCCCGACCCCUGUCCUUCCUCCACCCCCAGGCCCUCAGGAGUCAGCCCGCCAGAGCCCCAGGUCCAGCAGGGUAGGACUGGAUGACUCAGAAGUAUUUCAGAGGGAACCAGAACCAGAGGUGCUCCCUGGAGGUACUGGGCCCCAACAGGGGGUCACAGGGAAGCACUCGGUCCUGCUGGAGGACCUCAAGCAUGAGGGCAGCAUGGAGGCCACAGAGCUGGGUGCCCUGCCUCACCCUUCCGCAUCCCUGGAUGGAGAGAACAGGGGUGGCAGGACCAGAGACCCCAUCGUCCUGCCCCUCCCAGGCCCUCUGUUCAUGGAAGGACUUGCCGAUGCCGCCCUAGAAGAUGUGGAGAUCCUGCGGCACCUGAUCCUGCGGGGCCAGCUGCCAAGUCACCCCAGGGAACCACAGGCUGCUGGGGAGCCCGAGGACGACCUGACACCUACACCUUCCGUCGUCAGCAUCACCUCUCACCCCUGGGACCCAGGCUCCCCUGGACGAGCUCCCACUGAGGGUGAAGGGGAGAACACCCAGCUCCCAGGGCCAGAGGGGGGCCAGCCAGAGCCGGAGGAUGCGGCUCUCUGUUCUCUGGAACACCUGCCUCCAAGGACAAGAAAUUCUGGGAUCUGGGAGCCUCCUGAGCUAGACAGGAGUCCAGAGGAAGAGGCUUCAAGCACAGAGGCAGCAGGAAGUUACAAAGUUGUGAGAAAAGCUGAGGUGGCAGGCAGUAAGGCUGUCCCUGCUCUACCAGAGGGUGGCCAGUCAGAGGCUGAGCCACCUGAAGUGGAAGGCGGAGCAAAGGCUACGGGGAACUGUUUCUAUGUCAGCAUGCCAGCAGGACCCCCCGACUCCAGCACCGACCUCUCUCAGCCCAACGGCCUCCCUGUCUGGCAGACCGAGCCGCAGCCGCGGGGAGGCAAUGGAGAGCCGAGGCGCCCCAGCUGCUCGCCCCCCAGCCUGGCCGUCAAGGACAUGGGCAUAAUCUUCCAAACCAUUGAGCAACUCACCCUCAAGCUCAACAAGCUCAAGGACAUGGAGCUGGCCUACAGGGAGCUGCUCAGGUCCCUCGGGGGCGAGUCCUCUGGCGGCACCACGCCUGUGGGCAGUUUCCACACAGAAGCGGCGAAGUGGGCAGAUUGCUCCCUGUCCCCUCCAGUGAAGGAUCCCCCGCCCUCUGACUCCUGGGACAGCCACGAGCUGGGGCCCUGCCCCGAGGACAGCACCAGAAGCCCCCGGGAAGACAGCGUGGCAGACGCAGCCACACCCCCAGGACUGUAGCUGUGCCCACCACCGGUCCUCUGCACCCCACUCCUCGCUCGGGAUGGCCUAGGGCAGGGCGCAGGGUGGGGAUACCCAGCCUCCGCCCGUGGUAGAUAGAGGCAGUUCAGGAGACGGAUCUACCGGGGCAGACCCGCAUGUUGCCUGGGAGUCCAGUUUCAGUGUCUUGCUCAUCCUCAACCCGAGGAUAUUUUCCAUUGAUUUUUUUUUUUUAAGAGAAAGUGGAAAAGGGGUUGGGGGAGAGAGACAUCGAGUGGUUGCCUCUCGCUGGCACCCUGACCAGAGGCUGGGGAUCAAACCUGCAACCCGGGUGACCGGGACUCCAACACUAACCACUGAUCAACACCGGCCAGGGCCAAUUUCAGGGUCUUUUCCCCUCCCUCAGGCCACCGGUCCUGUGCAUGCUGACUGCAUCUUUAAGGCCCCCUUGUCCCACAUGUGCGUGCCACUGGUGCGCGUGGGUACCUCAGGCAUGCGAGGGAAUGGGGAAGGCUCCUGUGUAAAUGCACUUUCUUCCCCUUCCUUCCCCCCCCAGGGUCCCAAGGCUCAGGGGGGUGCCUCCACCUCUCCUCUCCGUCACGUGGAUUCCUAUAAAUAUGUAUGUAUUGUACGUGCAUCUUUGCUGUUGUAAAUAACUUGGACCUUUCUGUUCCUGGCGUGCUGGAGGCAGCCACAGAGCCACUGCCAAGGGGAGAGAAGGUGCAACUCCCAGUUCUCGCCCAGCUCCUGGGUCAGGGUCUGACGGUCGAGCCAGUCCCUUGUGGGCCCACCUAGCGCGGGAGUCCGGUCUCCGCGGCUCAGGGCCAAGCUACACCCUCCCCACUGGACUUCCCGUCUUCAGGGGACUUCUUACCCCACCUGUGUCCACCCUUUCCCUACAGAAAAUCGGUGUAUCAGGUACGGAGCUAAAAACUGGGUGGGCCCCAGAGUAGGGGGUUCAAAUGCUGGAGUCCCUAAGUUCACCCAGGACCACCCCAGGAGCCACUGCAACAUUGGCCCCUGUUACCAUGUCCAUGGCACUCCCCACUGACUCACAGAAUAUACACACUGUGCUAGGUGUAUAUAUACAUAUAUAAAUAUAUAUAUAAUAUAUAAAAUACAGAUAUGGAAAUGACUGUUCUGCUGUUAAAAUAAUGUAUACUCUUAUUUUCUUCCUUUCAUGAUUAAGAUUUUUUUUUAAGAAAAGUUAAAUAUUCUUCAACUGU